AACAUAGCUAAGACGGGGUCCCUUUGUUGUGUGGCUGCAAGGCCACAUGGGUCCAAUGCAGCUAGUGGAGAAUGGUCCAUGGGGCCACAUGAGCCUUACUGGCGGACUAAUUCAAGCUUCUCCCCAGCACCAUCCAGAUGGGAUUUCCGCUUCCAACCUGAAACAUUAUCCUUUGGCUCUAAUGAUGGAGUUCAAUUGUAUGGAUCUUCUGCUUCAUCAAACAGUAGAGAUAGUAGAAGUUGGGUGAGGGGGAACCAAUUGGCCAAUCACCAAUAUGUCAUAUCAGAUGGUGUUGGUGCAUACUGUAGUAGCCCAUCGGACAUCUCUCCGGCACAACAGUGGACUCCACCAGCUAUACAAGAAAUCAACAUUGAUGAUUUUGGUACUUCAAGAAGGGAUGCAAUUACGAGGCCAUUUUCAUUUUCACCCACAAUGGAGGGAGCAUCAAUUGCUAGGGAUGGCAGAGGCUCAACUUCAUCCCGAUCUGACAGUAGUGACUGUGAUUCAAUCACCAAGUCCCAUUCAUCUUAUCGUAGCUUCCCGAGUCGCCGUUUCUUUAUGUCAAAACCCAUACAUCCUCUGUCAUUUCCAACUGAAACAACACCUAGAAGAGAAGCUAUUGACAGCCUCUCAGCAGGUUUUCUCGAAUUUGAUGCCUCAACAUCACAAAGAGAUAAACACCGCUUGAGCAGUGCUAGUGGCAGUCUUGACUUAACAGAGGCUUCUGAAUCUUUUCAAUCUGACUUCCUAAGUAAACCUUGUAACCCUUCAGAUGGUUUCAGAUGUGGGUUAUGCGAGAGGUUUCUUUCACAAAGAUCGCCUUGGAGUUCCCGACGAAUUGUGAGAAGUGGAGAUAUGCCAGUUGCUGGGGUCCUUUCAUGCCGCCAUGUAUUUCAUGCUGAAUGUUUGGAGCAAGCUACACCAAAAUCAUGUAAAAGUGAUCCUCCAUGCCCAAUCUGUGCCAAGCUUGAAGAAGGUAGUUCUCCAGAGCAGCGAGUUUUCUCCAAGUUCUUUCCUAGGCUUAAACCAUUCAGUGAAGAAGGACCAUCCAAGCCUUGGGGUUGUGCCCAUUCUGGAGAUUGUGUCGAGGGGGCUUUGCAUGGUCCAUCUCGUGGCACUAUGCUCUCACUAAACAAGAACCGAAUUAGGAAAAAUCUUUCUUUGAAAGGUGAUUCAGGCAAGGAUUUUCCUGGUAAAUUAAGAAAAACUAAUACAUUUUCGUCACAGCUUUUCAUUGGAUCAGUUGAUCAUGCAAUGGUGGGAUCUUCAAAAGCAUCAGCAGGUUCCGGGCUGAAGUAACAACUGAAUUUUGUAUAUAAUUGCAGGCUGAUGUCCGUGGCCUUUCGUGGUUGGUGUCCUAAUCGUCUUAACUUCUCCUGUUUAUUGAAUUAGAAUCUUUAGUGGCUUAAUCAUGUUGUAAAAUGUAAUGUGGUGGAAAUUGUGUAUGCACUUAAAAAAGGAUUCAAACAAAUUGGCAUCUUUUGUGUAAGUUUUUAACUGAUCUUUGAUCAUUGAACCAAUAUAUGUGGGAAAUUGUUAUUUGCAAGUUGUAGGCAUUGAAAAAAAGUGUCUUGUGAUGGUUUACUUGAAAAGUAGUAAAGUCUAAAGCUUUGUAUAUUUGUAUUUUUGCAUGUUUCUAUGCAUUUUGAAGGAUGAAUUUUUCUGGCC